CAACAAAAAAGAAAAAUGAUAAAAGAUGUCUCCCAAAAAGGCAGGGUGCAUAUUCUAUUGCAGUUGAACGAGUCCUAUCUUGAAAUGGGCUUGCACAUUCUGAGGUCAUCUUCCCCUUCUUCCUCCAAGACCAUAAUCUUCAACCCCACCACCAUCACACCCACUCUCUCCAACCUCCUCCGCCCUCCAAGCCCUAAACCGGCUUCUGUCUUCCUAACCCAUUUCACAACUUUACCUCCAAAACCCAUCGCAAGCGUUCUACCCGCUGCUGGGUUUGCUGGGUCUUUGCACCGCAGCAAGCGGAGCUUUCGUGGCGGGGUAGUUUUAGCCAUGGCUGCACCUGGGUCGGCUCAGAAGUCUGAGGAAGAGUGGCGGACCGUGCUCUCUCCCGAGCAGUUUCGGAUUCUGAGGCAGAAAGGCACAGAGUAUCCGGGCACAGGAGAAUAUGACAAGUUCUUUGAGGAGGGAAUCUAUAACUGUGCAGGAUGCGGGACUCCUCUCUACAGAUCCACAACCAAAUUUAAUUCUGGUUGUGGCUGGCCAGCUUUUUACGAGGGUCUUCCUGGGGCCAUAAAUUUUAACCCAGACCCAGAUGGAAUGAGGACUGAAAUUACAUGUGCGGCUUGUGGUGGACACCUGGGUCAUGUAUUCAAAGGAGAAGGUUUUCGAACACCCACAGAUGAACGCCAUUGCGUUAAUAGUAUUUCACUCAAAUUUGCACCUCCCACUUCUAAUCCAUCUCAGUGAAGCGUUUGUUCCUCCCAGUUCUAAUUCAUCUCAGUGAAUCCCUUUGCAUAUUACAUAUCAAUAUCGUAAGUUACUAUCAAUAAAGUGGUUGUCAUGUAAGGAAUAAGGAUUGAUGGUAAAACCUUUUGUGCUAAUGCUAUCGUUCUUCUUUUUGUA